GGUCUGGAGACUAGCAGUUAUUUUAGAGUUCGCGUUAUAAACAACUUCCCAAAUAGUAUUAUAAUGAAAAUUUUUGACAUAAGAAAGCGACGUGUCUUAUGUUAUUUUGCUCGUAAAACAAGAAAAACCCGGCAAAAGUUAACAUUUUGAAGGUGUACGUGCGUGCUAUAUUUAAAGGAAUUAAGUUUUACAGUUGUUGUUGUGUCCUUAUUGUUAGGGAGUUAGUAUUUGAAGUCCAUUUGUGCAUAGUAUGGAACAUGAAGAUUCGUUCACUUUUCCUCAAUCCAUCGACAAAGAGCAACUGAUGAAGUAGUCUACGGUUUCUACUUGCUAAUGUCAAAUAUGAAGUGAAAUGAUGGAAACAUGAGCCUUCUUAUCCAAAUCCUGGUCACCGUUGCUUUCUUGAUUGGCGUUCUGGGGAAUGUCACAGCACUCUGGAUCCUCUACAAGACUGCCAAUAGAAGAAAUAAGAAGCAUCUGUUUCUGCUACGGUGUUUAGCUGUCAACGAUCUCAUAGCCCAGAUUGGAAUGCUGCAUUUCAUCUAUUUGGGCAAGUAUCAAGGGAUUCCGAAGUAUUGGAACUGUGUCGGAUUCGUACUCAUCAGGGCCUUUGGAUUGGGAUCAGGAUGCGUGGCGUUUGUGAUGGCUUUUGAGAGGUGGUUAGCUCUUACUAGACCAUUCCUAUAUCAUCAGAUAAUUACAUAUCAAGUCUUGAAGAGGUUUCUGUGCGGAUUAUGGCUUACAGCAGUUAUCCUCACAUAUCUACCCCUAUUUGGAUUUGGUUUAUACUAUAACAAAGAAAAGGAUAAGUGCGACAGAUUCAGAUAUGCAGUGGAUGUCAAGGACAAGAUAUACGCAUAUCUAUUCUUCGCUUUUGGGGCGACCCUUUGUAUAUGUAUAGCAUUGUGCAAUAUAGCUGUUAUCUGUGAACUGCUAAGGAUCAGAAGCCAGCAGAAAGUCUUGGUUAGAAGAAUAAGUAGGUCCAUAAUUGUAAAUAGAGAUAGAGCUGGAGGUCCCACGAGGUACCACACCCCUGAGGAAAUGGCCUUUGCCAAGCUGAUGGCCUUCAUAUGUCUCAUAUUCAUUGUGUGCUGGGCCCCACAAGUUAUAUCAGUACCUGUAUCGCAGUAUUUUAUACCUCCAUCAAAGUCGAUUAAAAUAUUCGAGACAGUAGCUGAUGCAUUGCUCACAGUCUACUUUGCGCUAGAUCCAUUCGUAUAUGUGCUACAAAACUACUUCGAGGGAAGAAUCAGCUUCAGUUGCUGUUUUUUUAAAAAGUCCACGAGCAGCCUCUCCAGCAAUACGAAUGAUACUGAAAUGGUCUGUCUGUAAAUCGGAUAGUUACUUUGUACUAUAAUAUACAACACAUUAUACAGUAGC